AUGCCUACAACCGAGUUCAGUACGAAAACCCUCAUGAGGACUCUAGUCAACCUGAAGGUAGAUCCACAUUUAGUACAAUGGAUUGGGGCAGCGCUGCUCAAACAAAAGGUAGCACUACAUCUUGGUUGCUGGGCUUCGCAACAUAUCGAGAUCACACCAGGCUUACCACAGGGAUCUGCACUCUCGCCAGUUCUGUGCAACGUUUAUACAAUAGGGAUUACUUCCAACCAGCUGGAGGGGCCCGGACGUGUACUCAAUUUUGCUGAUGAUGUGCUAGUGUACAGGCAGGGCAAGAACCGCCAGCGGAUAGAGUACUGGAAGAACUCGACAGACUUGAACAGUGGUGUGAGGUGUACAACGGGAAACUGCACCCAGACAAAUCCUGUGCACUGUGGUGUACACUGA